AUGCCAAGGCCUGUUUAUAAUACGGAAGAAGUUGAUAGCAAUAAUAGAUUAAUACGGGAUGAAUUGCGUUAUAAUAAACGCGCUUUGGCAGAGGAACAUCAACAAUUAGUAAAGAAUUUGACAGAUGAGCAAAAGUCAGUUUAUGAAAAAAUAAUAAGAGAUGUGAAUAAAGACAAAGGUGGGUUUUUCUUUUUAUAUGGUUUUGGAAGAACGGACAAGACUUUUAUUUGGAGAACUCUAACUUCUGCCAUAAGAUCUAGAGGAGAUAUUGUCUUAACUGUUGCAUCUAGUGGGAUUGCAUCUUUGUUGUUACCAGGUGGUCGAACAACUCAUUCAAGAUUUGUGAUUCCUCUAAAUGUAACUGAAGAUUCAACAUGUAAUAUAAAGCAAGUUACUCCUUUAUCAAAUUUAAUUAUUAAGGCAAAAUUGAUUAUCUGGGAUGAGGCACCCAUGAUGCAUAGAUAUUGUUUUGAAGCUCUUGAUAAAACUUUAAGAGAUAUUCUUAGGUUUAAAGAUGCAUCCAAUUUACACCGACCAUUUGGAGGUAAAACAAUUGUUCUUGGUGGUGACUUCAGACAAAUAUUACCUGUCAUUCCAAAAGGUAGUAGGCAAGAUAUUGUUAAUGCUUCUCUCAAUUCUUCUUAUUUGUGGCCUCACUGUCAACUGUUAAAGUUAACAAAGAACAUGAGAUUGCAAGGUAAUGAAAUAGGGACACAUCUAGAUGAGUUGAGAGUUUUUUCAGAUUGGAUUUUGGCAAUUGGCGAUGGUAUAGUUGGUACUUCUGUUGAUGGCAAUGAAAAAGUCCAAAUACCAGAUGAUCUUUUGAUAAAACAAUCCGUUGAUCCAACAUCUGCAAUUGUAGAAAGUAUGUAUCCGAAUUUCAACAGUCGUUGCAAUGAUAUAGGAUACCUACAACAAAGAGCCUUUCUUACUCCAACUAUUGAUAUGGUGGAAUCAAUCAACGAAUAUAUGAUUUCCCUUAAUGAAAGUUCUGAGAAAUCAUAUUUGAGUUCCGAUACAAUCUGCAACUCUGACAGUACUUAUUCAGCACUGGAACAUGUACACACUCCUGAAUUCUUAAAUACAAUUAAAUGUUCUGGAGUUCCAAAUCAUGCUCUUACGCUAAAGGUUAGUAUUCCAGUAAUGUUAUUAAGAAAUAUUGAUAAGUCAGCAGGAUUAUGUAAUGGAACAAGGUUGAUCAUAACUAAACUUGGAAAUCAAGUUAUUGAAGCAAAGGUUUUAGCAGGACAGAUGGCUGGACAGAAAGUGUUUAUUCCAAGAAUGACAUUGACGCCAUCUGAUGCUAGAAUUCCAUUCAAGUUCCAGCGAAGACAAUUUCCAAUCAUUGUAUCUUUUGCCAUGACAAUCAACAAAAACCAAGGACAGUCAUUGUCUCACACUGCUAUUGGAAUUGCAUUUGGCGUAUACAUAAUUACUGGACUUUUGGAUAAUAAACAAGGAGAACUUCCAAUUACUACAACUGCGACUUCUCGAAGUCAAGGAACGAGACAACGUAGAAGGGUACGUCGUCGCAGCAUUUAUUCGUAUAAUGAUUCUGACUCUAAGGCUGAAGUCAUUAGGAUUCUCCCAAGGCCAAUACAAAAUAAGUUAAGGGAUCGAAGGGCUGAACGAAGGGAAAGAGAAAAGAAAUUUAGAGAGCUUAGGGCUUCACUAGCUAAAUAUAUUGAAAAUUAUAAGUUUACCCGAGAUGCACUAAUUGAUGCUAUUGACCAAAAUAAACUAUCUGAUUGGAAAGCCUUAACAAUAUUACUAGAUUCACCUGGACAACCUUUAGGUAGUAUUUUAACUGAUGUUUAUCACGAGGUUUGGCCAAGUGAACCUUUUUGGGUUUAUGUUCUUAAAUUUGAAGCUGAGUGGGAGAACCGUUUGUACAACUAUUUGUAA